AUGGCAUCCCCUACCGACCCCCCAGUCCUUGAGCUCGCCAGCACCCUUUCUUCUCUAGUCGCCCAGACAACACAAGACCCCCGCGCUCAGAUCCGCACUGCCUUGUCUCAGGGCGGCACAAAAAUCCCCAUCCUCGUGGCCCUUGACGAUGACCCGACCGGCACGCAGACCUGCAACGGCAUCCCGGUGCUCGCCGUGUGGGACCCGGCCACUCUGACGGCCGAAUUCCGCCGCACGAGGCCCGGGUCCGGCUUCUUCAUCCUGACCAACAGUCGCGCCCUGCACGCGCCGCAGGCCCGGUCCCUGAUGCGCGAGAUCUGCUCGAACCUCAAGGCGGCGGCCGCCGAGGCCGACGUCAGCUUCGAGAUCGUCCUCAGGGGCGACUCGACGCUGCGGGGCCACUUCCCGCUCGAAUGCGACGUGGCCUCCGAGGUGCUGGGCGAGCCCGACGCCACCCUGCUGUGCCCCUUCUUCCUGCAGGGCGGCCGCUACACGCUGCGCGACGUGCACUACGUCGCGAGCGAGGACGGCAAGACCCUGGUGCCCGCCGCCCAGACGCCGUUCGCGCGCGACGCCACCUUUGGCUACGCCAAUUCCGACCUGAGGGAGUACGUGGUGGAGAAGAGCGGCGGCGCCAUAACCCGGGAGCGGGUCGCCAGCCUGCCGCUCGAGGACACGCGGGCCGCGGACGGCGUGGACCGGGUGCUCAGGAGGCUGCUGGAGGUGGACAGGGGCUCCGUGGUCAUCGUCAACGCGGCGGCGGAGGAGGACGUCGACGUCGUGGUGCUGGCGCUGCUCCGGGCGGCCCAGGAGCACGGCAAGCGGUAUCUGUUCAGGACGGCCGCGGCUUUCGUGUCGUCGCGCCUGGGGAUCUCGCCCAUCCCGCCCGUCUCGGCGCAGCAGCUCAAGUUCACAAAGGACGCGGGCGGCCUGGUCAUUGCCGGCAGCUACGUGCCCAAGACGACGGCUCAGCUCGAGGCGCUGGUGCACAAGAGCGGCGACAGGCUGACUACUGUCGUGCUCGACGUCGAGAAGCUGCUCCAGGAGGAGGAGGAGGAGGAGGAAAAGGGCGUCGCCACGGCCGAGCAUGGCCAAGUGUCACGGGCGAUUGAGCAGGCCGAGAAGGAAAUCACUCGGGGUCAGGAUGUGCUCGUCAUGACGAGCCGGAAACUAGUGGUGGGCAAGGACGCGGCCAAGAGUCUGGACAUUGGGUCAACCGUCGCUGCAGCUCUCGUGUCGUUCUUGGUCAACCUCAAGACAAGGCCGAGAUAUGUUAUUGCCAAGGGAGGCAUAACUUCCUCGGACAUGGCCACCAAAGGUCUUGGGUUCAAACGCGCAGAAAUCGUCGGCCAGGCAGCCGCCGGCGUGCCCUUGUGGCGAUGCGAUGAGCCAGAGAGCAAAUGGACUGGGAUCCCAUACGUGGUGUUCCCGGGCAAUGUCGGCUCAACCGAGACCUUGUAUGAUGUGGUGAACGGCUGGAGGGUAUCAACUUGA